UAAUGUGAUUUGUCGAAUUCAGAUAUUUAAAUCAAGUGUCCGUUGCGCAACCUUUUAGCUCGUUCUUCCUUGUUGGUAGUGGACUAAACCUUAGCUUAACUUCACUCAAGUAUUUUACCAGUGAUUUACAUGAUCUUUGACACAAAGACCCAGAAGUCUACAUUUCUAUGAUAUUAACAUGUGAGAAUUUUGAGGAAAAUGAUUGGAUUUCCGGAGAACCGCAGUAGCCAAUCAGAGGGACGGAAUCGUUUAGUUUCCUGAUUACGUCCUAAAUUCCUCUCCAAUCAUUAACCGCAGUGUUUACAGCCCAGUCCGAAGAAGUUAGUGUACUGCUUGUUGUUUGUUUGUUUGUUUGUUUGCUUGCUUCCUUGCUUGACUUCUCUCAUCGCUUUCGGCGUUCUCGUCAUCGUGAUCAUGCAAGCCUUGAGGAACUUUUUUAGACCAUGGUCAUCUGCUGUGAAGUUGGAUGGCAAGACUGUAGUGAUUACUGGCGCUAAUACUGGGAUUGGAAAGGAGACUGCCAUUGAUUUGGCCAAAAGAGGUAUGCGGGUCAUCGUAGCCUGCAGAGAUAUGGAGAAAGCUGAUGCAGCUCUGAAAGAGAUCAUUGAAGUUUCUGGGAAUCCGAAUGUUGUCUGCAAAAAACUUGACCUGGCUGAUUCCAACUCCAUCAGAGAGUUUGCCCAGAAUAUCAAUAGCGAGGAGAAGCAGCUCAAUAUCCUGAUUAACAAUGCUGGAGUGAUGGCAUGUCCAUAUGGUAAAACAGCAGAUGGUUUUGAGAUGCAAAUCGGAGUCAACCACAUGGGUCACUUCCUCCUGACAUUUCUAUUAAUUGACCUGCUUAAAAGAUCAGCUCCAGCUCGGAUCGUCACUGUGUCAUCCAUGGCGCAUAAGUGGGGGACCAUCAAUCUGGAUGACAUAAACAGUGAGAAGAGUUAUGAUAAAUCAAAAGCUUACAGCCAGAGCAAACUGGCCAAUGUGCUCUUCACUCGCUGCUUAGCCAAAAAACUACAGGGUACAGGUGUGACGACAUAUGUCCUUCACCCUGGUGUUGUGCAGACAGAACUGUGGAGGCACCUGAGUCGACCCCAACAGGCAGCUGUGUGGUUGGUCAAGCCCUUUACCAAGACAGCAGUGCAGGGAGCUCAAACCACUAUCUACUGUGCAGUAGCUCCUGAGCUGGAGACAGAGAGUGGCAACUAUUACAGUGACUGUGCACCUGCAAGCUGCUCUAGUGCUGCUAUGGAUGAUGACAUGGCACAGCGACUUUGGGACCUUAGCUGCCAGAUGCUCAAGAUAACAUGGGAUUAAAUCUUCUGACUGGUUUUUGUAAAGCAAAUAGCUCAGUGCAGUUUCCCAGUAGAGUCUUAAAGUGCCCAAGAAAUGGCUUCAUGACCAUGAUUUGAUUGCAUUUGUUUUUAUAUUGACAUUUUCUUGUAAAACAGGAGAUCAGGGUGGGAGUAUGUCGAUGGGCUUGACUUGUACACUACAUCUCCUUACUCUUAACGUAUCGCUUAUUAAUGACCACUAAUCAAAUAGUAGGGUUUCUUAUAUAAUAUUGAAGUUGAAGACAUGCUCUUGAUAGUUCUGAUUGAAAUGCAUAGACAUGACAGUGCAGGAUCUAUGUAAUGAUAUUAUCAGCAAUAAUUUGAGUGAAAAGUAGAAUCUUACACGUAUUUACAUAAAUUUCAGAGUUUCUUAGUAUUUGGUACGUCCCUUGACAGUGUGCACACAGACCACAGACCAAAUCCAUCAGCAUGUCAUCUGAACACGUGCUUCAGUGGAAGGGAUAAGACUCGGAAAAUCUGUCCUUUUCUAACAAAGCAGUUAACAUGGUCAAUAUCACAAAUUUGCUUAAAUUUAAAUAGUGACCUAUUAAUUGUGCAACAUCUGUAACCAUGCAGUGUCUGUAAAUAAUGAAAAUGGAAAAAAAAAAAUUAGUCUUGAUCUGUAUUCUCUUAAGUAUUGUUUUAUUGCAAUGCUUUUUUGUCUCCUCUGGGAUUUUUUUUCUUGAACUUAACAUGGCUGCAUUUAGACAGCAAAACAAAAUAUUAAACAUACACACAUACUUGGGUGUAAUACAGUACCACUAUCUGUAUUUAUACCUGUAUCUGUUUAGUGCUCCCAAUAUUCAUAUCUGUAUUUGAAUACAAAGUGGCGUAAACCUAAUUAAAUAUGAAUCCUACCACCAUGCCUAUGGAAACACUGGACAACAUUGGAACUGUCACUAUGGUCCAUGAAUUGCACUAUUAGUAAUUUUGUAUUGUGUGUAUUAUUUUCUUAUGUCCUUAAUAUAUGUAAUAGGCUGCUGGAGGAUUCACAGAGUAAGAAUUUCAUUGUAUGGUGUAACAGACUGUUCCCUGUACAUAUGACGAUAAACUCUUGAAUCUUGAA